AUGAAACGUAGAUCUAUCAAGCAAGUUCAGCUUGUUCAUGGUAAUCUUGUCCUCGAUGUUCCCGUUCCCACAAAUAUCGUCCCCGAUGGAAGACCCGACGAAGAGUUUGUCAAGAUGAGGUACACUGCUGCGACUUGCGACCCUGACGAUUUCAUGUCUUCUCGUUAUACCCUCCGGCCGUAUCUUCUUGGUCGCGAGACGGAGUUAUUUAUUGUGAUGACAAUGUACAACGAGGAUGAGGUACUUUUCGUCAAGACCAUGAAUGCCGUGAUCAAAAACAUUGCACACUUGUGUGGUCGCAACAAGUCCAAGAUGUGGGGGCCGGAAGGUUGGAAAAAGAUCGUCGUAUGCGUUGUUUCCGAUGGACGCAACAAAGUCAACAAGCGCACUCUACAAGUCCUGAAUCUAAUGGGUUGCUACCAAGAAGGCAUUGCGAAGGAUUCAGUCGGCGGCAAGGACGUCACGGCCCAUAUCUACGAGUACACCACCAGUGUUAUUGUCACAGAUACAGGCGAAGUAUCUAAAGGCUCUUGUCCCAUCCAAGUGCUUUUCUGUCUCAAAGAACAGAACAAGAAGAAACUGAAUAGUCAUCGAUGGUUCUUCAAUGCAUUCGCUCCCCUGUUGAAGCCCAAUGUCUGCGUUCUCCUCGAUGUUGGUACCAAGCCAACUGGUACAUCUAUCUACGAACUUUGGAAAUGUUUCGAUAAACACUCUAAUGUUGGUGGUGCCUGCGGAGAGAUCUGUGUCGAUGUCGGUCGUGGCUGUGGUCUCCUGCUUUCAAGCCCUCUUGCAGCCUCUCAGAAUUUCGAGUACAAAAUGUCCAACAUUCUUGACAAACCGCUCGAGAGCGUAUUUGGAUAUAUCAGUGUGCUUCCUGGAGCCUUCAGUGCCUAUCGUUACCGAGCUCUCCUCAAUGGUCCUGAUGGCAAGGGUCCACUUGCGUCAUAUUUCAAGGGCGAAACUAUGCAUGGCGCUGGUAGCGAUGCUGGCCUGUUUGGUGAGAACAUGUAUCUUGCUGAGGACCGUAUUCUUUGCUUCGAAAUUGUCACAAAAAAGCGUGAGGGUUGGAUCUUGAAGUACGUAAAGAGUGCAAAAGCUUCUACUGAUGUUCCAACCACCGUGCCGGAGUUUAUUUCGCAACGUCGCCGAUGGCUGAAUGGUUCACUUUUUGCAUCAAUACAUGCAACGGUCUUCUUUUUCCGUAUUUGGUCCUCCGGCCAGAAUUUUUUCCGCAAAAUUGUGCUCCAGUUCGAGUUCAUUUACAAUGCGGUUCAGCUCUUGUUUACGUGGACGUCCCUUGCAAAUUUCUACUUGGCUUUCUUCUUCCUGGUGUCAUCGGCUACGACAAGCUCAUCGCAAAACGCUUUCAAUUUCCUCAGUAGUGGCGCUGGCAAAAUCGUUUUCGAAAUUUUUCUCAAUCUCUACAUUGGUCUUCUCUUUCUCGUGUUGGUUUGUUCCCUUGGCAAUCGACCUCAAGGCUCGAAAUGGGCAUACAGUAUCGCCAUGAUCUUGUUCGGUCUAUGCAAUAUCAUAACGACCUGGUGCGCUGCCUUCACCGUUUACUUGGCUGUUCCCCACGAUGCCGCAGGAUGGAAGGACUUCCCCAAACUCUUGAAGACGACUCCUGCCCUUCAACAAAUCGUUGUUGCACUUGGCGCCACAUAUGGUUUAUACUUUAUCAGCUCCUUCAUGCACUUUGAACCCUGGCACAUGUUCACAAGCUUCCUUCAGUAUAUGUUCCUCCUGCCUUCCUACGUCAACAUCUUAAUGAUGUACGCCAUGUGUAAUUUGCACGACGUGACAUGGGGGACCAAGGGAGACAACGGGGCUGCCAAAGAUCUUGGCGGUGCGAAAAAGGUUAAAGGCGAUGACGGGAAAGACAUGAUGGAGGUGGAAGUGCCUACAACUCGUGAAGACGUCGACCAGUUGUGGGUUGCGUCACGAAACUCGUUGAAAACUCGCCCCCCUGACGAGAAGGAACAUCGUGACGCUGCGACAAAGCAAACUGACCACGACAGAAACAGCAGAACCAACGUCGUCCUUGCUUGGGUUGGAUCAAAUAUGCUUUUGAUCAUUGUCUUCACUUCAACCGCAUUCUCUGAAUGGGUCGCUAAACGUAUCAACACCGGCGAUAGUGCUUUCAACCCUUAUCUGACCUUCCUAUUCUACGCAUUCGCUGGGCUCUCAGCAAUACGCUUCACAGGUUCCUUUUUAUACCUGAUUUUCCGACUGUGCGGCUUCUAGAUUUGGACUUUUGCCUCCUUCGAUAUUAUAAUUGGCGUGGAUCUGUCACAGGAAUGAUAACCCUGCUUGUAUUGUUAUUUAUACCCUAUGUUACCCCCAUACGCAAAUUGAUUUUGCAGGAUG